AUGAUUAAAGUUUCAGUUCCUCCUCAAUAUCCUCAGCCAAUGUCCUCCAUCCAUUCACAGUAUUCUGUGACUAAUCCUUUACCAAUGCCUUCGAUGCCACUGAUCACAUCACCACAUAGUGCAUUCACACAAGUGACUGAUUCGACUCAUCAGUCAGCGUAUGUUCCUACGCAUCAACAUUCGUCCUAUAAUCCACCGACUCAGCCACCUCAGGAGAGGCCGUAG